CCUCUCUCUCUACUUUGUGGAUCAUUCAACUUCUCUCCUACGAACCUUUCUCUCUGCUUCUCUUCCUUAAUUUUAAUUACUCUCUUCCGAAUUUGCCCCUACGGUUUUUUUUUCUCUAAUUUGCUUUAAAAAUGGCCGGGACCCUAGUUUACUCCGCCGGGUGUUUCUCACCGGCAAAUUCCCUUCUUCCUCAACAACAACAACACAAGACGACCAGAUCAUCAUUUAACGGAACCGCAAGGUUUCCCAACGGAGCUCGGUCUUCGUUUAGGGUUUCAUCAGCUCAGACGCUUAACGCCGAGCCAGCUAUGACGGAAUCCGUUCGUCGGCGAGUUUCGAGCCUCUACGAAUUACUGAAAGUGAACGAAUCGGCUUCGCUGACGGAGAUCAAGACGGCGUACCGGAGUUUGGCUAAAGUUUACCAUCCGGACGCGUCGGAAUCGGACGGUCGAGAUUUCAUGGAGAUCCACAAAGCUUACGCGACACUAGCGGAUCCGACGACCAGAGCGAUCUACGAUUCGACGUUGCUCAGAGCACCACGUAGACGGGUACACGCUGGAGCGAUGGGUCGGUCGGGUCGGGUUUACGCUACGACCCGGAGAUGGGAGACGGAUCAGUGUUGGUAGUUUUAGUUUUGAUUUCGGGUUUUGCAGCAGCGAAAAGGCACUUUUUGACUUGUUUUUUUUCCCCUUUUUUAUCACAUUUUUUUUUUCCUUGUUGGAAAAUUAAGAGUGGGGGAAAAUUAAGUUGUUUUUUUUUUUAAUCCGCCAUUUCUGUGUGUUUUUUUUUUUUUUUUUUAACUUAAGAAGUUAACAAUGUAUAAAACAAGAGAUUAUGAAUAGAGAGACUGUGACAUGUAUAUUAUCAAUCUUUUACUCUA